AUGAAGAAUCAAUUAAAGAAUAUGAUAAAGCAAUUGAAUUAAAACCAAGCUAUGAUGUUUACUAUAACCGUAAAGGAUAAGCCUUAAUACUAUUUAAAGAAAUAUGAAGAAUCAAUUAUAGAAUUUGAUAAAGCAAUUAAAUUAAAUCCAAAUUAUGAUGAUUACUAUAAUAGUAAAGGAUAAGCAUUAUAAAAUUUAAAGAAAUAUGAAGAAUCAAUAAUAGAAUUUGAUAAGGCAAUUGAAUUAAAUCCAAAUUAUGAUGAUUACUAUAAUAGUAAAGGUUGA